UCAAAACUGAACCAUUUGAGCCCUUUAUGAACCCUUUCAAAGAAUCAGGAUUAGUUGCUGACUAUUCCCAAGUAAAUUACCCACAAGUCAUUGCAACGUGAUGGUAAAACUGUGAAGGCAUGGAGACGCGAGGAAAGGUCAAGAUAGAGGAGACUGUCACAUUAAAUGUGCACAGAAACCUUAGGGAUUAAACAUGGAACCACUUCACAAAUUCACUUCUUAUGAGGACAGGUUCUGGAAGAUAUUCAAAUCCAGGAGUAAAGUGUAUAAAAUACCCUCAAUUGUACAUCCUAUUGUAUUGUGAGAAAAUGGUGUCGCCUAUUCACAAUUUGCCUAUUAAACCGACUCUCAAAUAUUACAUUUACCACCAGAAUAGAUCAGCUGGCCACCAAUAAUUCAGUUUGAAUCCGCACUGAGAUGGAAAAAAGGCCAGCGUAUAAAAAGCUUGAAAAAAAAUAAACCACACCUGAAUCCAAUUCCUUGUGAUUGCGGCUAGUGACACUCACAUGUGGCUCUGGGGCCACAUUGAGGCUGCUUCAGUAGACAAAAGCCUCCCCCUUUUCUCACUUGCUCAGGGUUUAUAAAAAGAGUCUUUGCUGCAGGGUCGUGUUAGAGAACUGUUACAGGGUGAAGCGCUAUGGCUCAAUUUAACGGCGGAGAUGAAAAGAGCCGCUGUUUGAUUAGGGGGGUUAUCCCUUAUCCUAAUCCAGACUGCUGCAACUUUGACGAUAGUCUUUUAGUGGAUUCUUUGAUUUCCCCAACACAAACCAUGAGAGCGCAGCUGCAGCGUCCUUAUGGGUGGUGUCUGGAACCCAACAGCGCUCCGGACUGCGGAGGCCUCGGUGAGAGCAGGGACCCGCCGAGCCAGUUUGAGGAUGGCGGUCCUCCCCCAGACAUAUCUACAGCUCUACGAUCAUUGGCUGGAAUGCACGGGUUGAAUAUGAAGAAACCCUCCCUGAUGCACAAACUGUUCUCAGUACCUGCAUUUGAGGACCAUGACAUUUUGUCGCCAGAAGACUUUCAAGAUAAAAGUGGCGACUGGGCUGCAGAUCGGACUGAGGAAGAUCUUUGUGAAUCAUUCCAGUCGAAGUUUGUUCAUUACUCUCCACUGUAUCAGGAAUACUUUUGGCGGGUGUGGAAAGAAAAUCCGCCCUGCCCGAAGCCCAGCUUCGUGUCUCAACUAAUAACACCCCAUGUGUUGGACGUGCACGACCUGACCCCUACCCAAUACUUCUCUGAUGCAACACUCCCUCCAUACAAACGUCUUGAAGGGACUCUUUGUUCCCCUCUAUCUCCCUGUGUAAAGUCUGCUCCAUACACCCUUUGGCAAGAUCUAAAAGAGGUGGUGCAAUCUGGUCUUCUCAGCGACAUGACAACCAGUGAGAUUCGCCUUCAGGAGGCAAGGUUUGAGUUGAUCAGCUCUGAAGCGUCUUACCUAAGGAGCCUGCGAGUUGUCGUAAAUCACUUCUGUGCAUCGGAGGCCCUCAGAAAGGCCCUGAAUCGAAUGGAGCAUCACUUCUUGUUUUCCAACAUCACAUGCGUGAUGGCAGCCAGUGAGAAGUUUUUAAUAGAUCUGGAAAUGCGACUGAGCGAGAGUGUGCUAAUAUCUCAGGUCGGAGACAUUGUGCUGCAGCACUGCACCAAGUUUCAAAUCCUCUAUGUGCCGUAUUUGACCAACAUGAUGUUCCAGGAGAGAAUGUUCAACCGUCUGCUGGAGCAGAACAGGGACUUCCUAUCUUCAAUCAAGAAGCUUGAGAGUAACUCAGUGUGUCAAAGACGGAGCCUUAAGUCAUUCCUUGUCCUUCCCUUUCAGAGAAUCACUCGUAUUAAACUCAUCCUCGAGGCUUCCAUUGGGUUCUUUCAGAGCAUCCUGAAGCUGACUGACCGAGACUCUGACUCAAUUGCCAAUCUUGAAAAAGCAAUAGAAGCGAUCCAUCAGAUGGUGAUGGAGUGCAACAAAGGGGUGGAAAGAUAUAUGCAAACAGAGGAACUGGUCAGACUGGAAAUGACGCUGGACUUUGACAAAGUUAAGUCAGUCCCUCUGGUUUCAAGCGGGCGCUUUCUGGUGCGCCAGGGUCCCAUGAGACGGCUGCACGCAGAGGUCACCAAUGCGUCGAGAGUGUCCUUCGUCAGCAUCCACCUCCACCUUUUCAAUGACCUUUUGAUCAUCUCGGAAAAGGCUCUGAAGUUCAAAGUUAUGGCUCACGCAUCGACCUCAUCUGUGCACAUUAAGCAUCUGGAUAGUGAGGCUUGUGAUCUACCCACACACUCGUUCCUGUUGACACUCUCCCAGAGUCACAGCGGCCAACAGACGGCCAUGAUACUUGUUGCCAACACAAGGUCAGAUAAAGAGGAGUGGAUCGAGGCGCUGUCGUCUAAACAGUGACGGAAACAUGAUCCACUCAUAGAUGACUUUUGAUUUUUAUACCAAUGCCGUUUUUAACUUGCACAUUGCGAAUACACUUUACUAAUUGAAAAUAUAAACACUGUUCACUUUUAAUAUAAACUUGACUGCACUUAAGCUUAAUUGCCUAUAGAGCACCAGACAACAUAAGGAUUCCAACUUGCACUGAAUUUUCACAAUACAGGCACACAACAUGUAGGGGCAAUUAGUUUUAAGUUAAGUAAGAUAUUUUUUCACAUUCAUUAAA